AUGCCAGAAACUUUCUCCUUUAUAGGUGGCACAGUAACAGAUUUAGAUGGUGAUGGUGUCUUGGAGGUUAUUCUCUCUCAUGGGGAAUCAGCGGAGCAACCACUAUCUGUGUACAAGUUAAGCUCAGACCAGGACACCUCGUCCAAUGGUUGGUUGCGUGUCCAAGUCCUCACAUCAUCUGGAGCCCCAGCAAGAGGUGCUAAAGUAACAUUGCACACUACUGGAAGGAAACAUUCACGAAUCAUUGAUGCCGGGUCUGGAUACCUAUGUCAGAUGGAACCAGUUGCCCACUUCGGUUUUGGGCAAGAUGAACCAACAAGGCUUGAAGUUGUGUGGCCUGACUCGAGCUACGAAAUGAUGGAACUGAACUCCACGAGUACAAACAUAGAAAUUACUGUGAAUCACCCAAGGCCUGGGGUCCAGGCCUUGAAGCGUGGACUACCUGUUGCUGAGAAUGCUGAGGCAGCCACUAUUCGUGGUCUGGAAAUAUUUGAUGUUGCCAUGUUCUUAGUGGCUAAUCUGCUAUUGUUUAUCUUGUAACAUAUAUUGGUAUGAGAUUCAUGUUGUACACAUUUACUUUGGUAAAGUCUACCUGCGCAUUGGUUUUGUCGGUAAUUUCCAUAUUUCUUCAGAAAUGUUAAAUCUGUCAUUAAUCUUUCGGAGUAACAAAGACAUUUCUUUCAACCAUAGUUCUCCAGAGUAUUAUCCUUCUCUGUCAUGGUGUAUAAAUACUAUGAGCUUUUAGAGCAAUUUGAUUACAAUGGCAUUUGCAAUUAUAUUAAUUUUAUUCAAGUUUUACAGAACAAAAGAUUUGGAUCAAAGAUUUUCAAAAUGUUCUUCAAAUGUGAAAUAAAGGCUUGUAUAUGUUUAUUAGAGAUUCUCCUUCCUGAUGUUAGUAACUGUUUAAUUACAAUGUAUUUCAAUUUUAUUUGCCUACAUUCUUGGUCUCCCCGUCCCAAAACACUUCACUCCCUUGUUUAACAGACAGAAGUGCUCUAAUUCGAUAGAAGCACAGCAUAUUACCACCUGGAAACAAACCCCUCACAUUUGUUGUGUGUUCAUUGCUGUUAAUAUCUGUAAAAAUUUCCCUAGGUCUUGUCCUCCUCUGCAGAAUCCUGACUCACUGAUCCAUGUAUUUCUCCCUUAUCUAAUUCAUUCUCUUAUUGUGUUCAUGUAAGUGAUUAAAAGUGGGAUAUUUACUAAAUUCUUAGCAUAUAAUUUCUCUUUUUCAAUUCUUGUCUCCUUUCAUUGUUGGCCUUGUUGUGAGCAUGUUAAUUGUAUGUAAUUCUACUUGCAAUAAGAUAAGCCAAGAGUAACGCUACUAACUUAUAUAUCGUCAACGUUGGAGUCUCCAGCUUUAUCUCCAGAUCAGCAGCAGAACUUCUUUCCCUUUGACAGACUGAUUUGUAGCCCAACUUCAUGAAGGGCAAUGGCAACCUCCUACUAUUUUUUUCGGCUGAACAGGAUGUUCCACAGAGCCCAUAAAUGUGCAGCAAGAAUUUCUCUGCAGGGAAGAUUAUCUGCUGUGACUGAAAGGAUGUUCCUGAUUAACUCUUCCAUGUCAUCAUUGAGUUUUUUUAUUUAGUGCUCUCUAGAGUAUUUGUUGAAGAAGGCUAAGACAAGAUGUUCUACAUCAGAGAUUAAUAUUGAGCCCCUGACCAAGGCUAAAUUGAACAUUGGUUAUGGUAAAUGUAUGGAAACCCCACAUUUUUUUUUUUCUUCUCUGCAUGACCAUCUCCUGCAUAGAUUUUAUAUCCAAAGCUGGUUCUCACAGGUAUGCCAUCCUUCUUCAAUAGUUAUAUAGUCAGAGCUGGCAUCAUAAUUGGUUCCUUACUCAGUUCUGUGUUAAUGGUGGAAAUCAGUAUGAAUUUGUUCAUGAAGUAAAUCUCUUUCUGGAAGGAAGCAGUGGCCUCCUUUUGAUUGUUCCUUUAGGAAAGAGGGACCUUUGGCAUCCUUGUACAGUAUGCAUACUUUCCCACCCCAGUAGACCUGUCUGGAAGAAAUCACCUGCACUGCACUACUGCUGAUCUUCUGUCUCUCCCUCUGUCUGUUACACAAUUGAGUGCUGUGUCUGGGACAUUCAGAGACCAUAAGUUUGGGCAUAUAUGAAUAUGUAAUGGUAUGGUAUGACAGGAUCAGUUGUACUUCAUACAUAAAAAUUCAGCAUUGUAUGUUAUAGGACAAGAGUGGGAAUUAAAAGAGCCAGCACAAAUGGUGUAGUGUUAACUAGGAUGUACGUAUUCACUUUUUUAUGAAACUAGAGGAAACUUUAGCUAAAUUUUGUCAGAUUUGAUUUAACCACCUGAUAGUAUCCUUUACUGAGCAGCCUAGUUUUUUAAGGUUGUGACUUUGUUGGUGGAUCUGGGAGGGACCCAUGGCUUGAAAACAGGAAAUGUUUGUUUAUCAAAUUCAAAUUGCUUUUUUCUUCAGUUAAGUGCUGUGAUCUUUACCAACCUGAGUCCUGUUAAUUAUUUUUUAAAUGAUAAAAUUUUAUAGUUUAAGGUAAAUAAGAUUUAUAUUCAUUACCAUAAGCUACGAAUUUUCUCAUUUAUAUGGUAAAAUAUCAGUGACUAAAAAUAUUUGGUUUUGUCUUAUCUGAGAAGUUUGGUUGAACUUAAAAAUUUGCAAAUCAGA